CAUUACUAUACAGUGAGUGCACAGUGCUUUCAAUUCAGCCUCCUAACUGGUCUAGGUAGCUUACCCCAACUUCAUUCCUGCCAUGGACUUUGUCGUCCUCGCCGGUCGAUGAAAACUCCAUGAUGUGAUCUUGCAACCAAACAAACACAUACACACAGAGAGUGAGAGAGAAAAAAGAGAGAUGGAGGCUGUGGUGACUGUCGUUGCCACCUCAUUGGUGGAGUGGAUGGUGCCGAAGCUCUUUGAUUCCUUGCUCACUAAGCACGAGCUCCGGACGAACCUCAAGGUUGACAUCGAAUGCAUCAAGAAUGAGUUUGCUAUGAUUUCUGCCGUCAUCCAGGAUGAUGAUCGCCGUGGUGGCUGCCGCGGUGGCAGUGAAGAAGCACAUAUGGUGUGGAUCAAUAUUGUGCGUGACCUGGCGCACGCCAUAGAGGACUGCGUCGACCGCUUCAUGCACCAGGUCACCAUGGCCGACACAGCCACCGGGAAGCUGAGCCGGGCUGUCCACCGGGUGAAGACCGUGAAGGCCCGUAACAAGUUUGCUGCCGAGAUCCGGGUGCUGAAGAAAAGAUCAGAAGAGUCUUCGAAGCUAAGAGAAGCAUACAGCAACAACAAUAGCGGCAAUUCUUCACCAGAGUGGCCGACGGCAGUUGAGGGGGACGUCGACGAUGACACCUACUAUUCACCGGCAUCCAUCGCUGUGCCUGUGGGUAUGGACGGUCCCCGUGAUGAGCUUCUGGAUCUAAUCCAGCAGGAGCAGCAGCUUAAGGUGAUUAUCAUUGUGGGGUUCCAUGGUAUGGGAAAGACUCUCCUUGCCAAUCAUGUGUACAGGGAAAUUAAGAGCCCAUAUGAAGUACGGGCAUGGGUCCUAGGGGGGAGGAGGACAGCAGCGGAUGUUCUCAAGGAGAUACUCCAGCAGCUUGGCCACGUCGUUCCCCUGCCAACCAAGGGCAGGCUCACUCUCACCUCGCUUCACGCAAGCAUCGCAGAGUGCAUUGGCAAGAAGAGGUUCUUCAUUGUAAUUGAUGACCUGCGGACAACAUCACAUUGGCACAACAUAAAAGCAGCCUUUGUGGGUUUAACCGGCAGAUUUCUGGUGACGACCGCCAUUCAGCCCGUAGCAAAUACCUGCCGCAGCUCAUCUGUUAAUGAUCAUGUAUACACAAUGGCAACUCUUACCAACCAAGACUCAAGAACAUUGUUCUUCAAGGAAGCUUUCCAAGACGAUGAACCGCCGCCGCAUGUGCAGGACCUCAGCUCUGAAGCGCUCAAGAAAUGUGAUGGUCUUCCCCUUGCUCUUGUUACCACCGCAAGGUUCUUGCAAAGCGCAGGUAAUCCAACACCCAUGAUAUGGGCAAAAUUAUGCGCCGACCUGGGUACACAUCUGGAGAGUGAUGAUCUAUUUGCAAGAAUGAGGCGUGUGCUUGUCCAGAGCUACACCAGCCUUGAUAGCCAGGUUGCCAGGACAUUCUUGCUCUAUUUGGGUACCUACCCAAGUGGUCGUCCUAUCAAGAAAUCAAGCUUGUUAAGGAGAUGGUUAGCAGAAGGGUUGUCCCCAGGAGACAAUACAUGUAGUGAUGUUGAUGCCGCCAUUAGAAAUUUCGAUAAGCUUGUCGAACGGAGUAUCAUCCAGCCUAUGGAUGCCAGCGGUAACAGCACAGAGGUGAAGACAUGCCAUACCCAUGGCAUGAUGCUGGAGUUCGUCCUGCGCAAGUCCAUGUCUGACAACUUUGUAACUGUGUUAAGCAAUCGGCAGUCUUCCCCAGGCCUACCCAGUAAUAUUCGUCGGCUUGCUCUGCAUCAUGCAAUGCCCAGAAAAGUGCAAGGUUUAACUUUUGUCCGGUCACUGACAAUCUUGGGCAAAGCGCACCAAUCUGUCCUGGACUUCUCCAAGUAUGAACUGCUGCGAGUUUUGGAUCUGGACGAGUGCGAUGUACCCUUGGGGGAUAGCCAUCUCAAGUUGAUAUGCAGAAAACUGUUGCUGUUGAGGUACCUAUGCCUCGGGAAAGCUCUUACUGCGACGGUGCUUCCACAGGAGAUCAGCAAGCUUCAAUUAUUGGAUACACUGGAUGUAAGAAGGACACGUAUAGAGAUUCUGCCAACACAAGUCCUGGAGCUGCCACAUUUACUUCAUAUAUUUGGGAAGUUUAAGCUCGAACAAGAUGUAGGAGACCGGAGAAUGAGUAAGCUACAGAGUUGGUUGUUAGAGGAGAGCGAAUUGAAAACACUGGCAGGAUUUGUUGUGGACAGCACCAAGAGCCAACAAUUUGCACAGCUCAUGGAUCAUAUGAAUUAUCUGACAAAGGUGAAAAUAUGGUGUGAGCCUACCACCGAUGUCAGCAGCUCAAGUCAUCUGGCAAAGGCCAUCAAGGGGUUCAUUGAGAGAAGCACCGUGUACACCGGGACACCUUCACUCUCACUCAGUUUUGAAGGCGAGUCGACCCCAGAAAUGCUGGAUUUCUCUCUAGAGAAAGGAAAGAAUUACCGCUGCUAUCUUGGCUCGCUCAAGCUGCACCUGCAAGGAAGCAACAUAUGCAGCCUGCCCCCAUUUGUUGCCUUUCUGGGUGGUCUCACUAAGCUAGGCCUUUCAUCCCCGCAGCUGAACCUGAGCCAAGACUUCCUUGCUGCCCUGAGCAAAGUGCCCCGCCUGGCAUACCUGAAGCUGGUUGCAACUAGCCUGGGCAACCUCGUCAUCACAGAAGGUACGCUUGAGAGCCUGACACGCCUAUCCAUCGUGGUGGAAUCCGUCAUUUUUCAGCUGGACAUCCAUGUGGGAGCUCUACCUCGCCUCAAGUCGCUGCAGCUGCUAUGCAAAUAUCUAGAUGGUUCAAUUUCUGGCAUGUCAACGGUCCAGUCUCUUCGGCAUCUCGACCAGAUUGCUCUCCUUCGUGAUGUGGGAGAUGAAACAAAAAAUGAGUGGAAAGAAGCAGCAAAGAACCUCCCAAGUCCACGUCCCAAGAUCUUGUUUCUCUAGACACCAUCAACGCACAUCCAGCAGCACAAGUAGCGAGUUGCUAAUGGCACAUCAUUGCCGCAUGCUGCUAAUUGGUUGAUGGCUAUUCAUGGACAAGUGUGUCUCGUCAACAAGAUCAAGUCCGUUGAAUAAGUUACUCCUCUUUGCUCUCGUGUCGAUUUCCUGGCUUCCCCGCCGUUCGUACUUUUAUUUUGUGUCACCACUAGGAUUUAUUUAUUUGUAACAGAUCGAAGUUAAUGGUCUGUUAAGCGGAGCAAACGAUUUUCUUUUCAAGAAAUAUGGUGACUUCCUGCUGUAAUAAAUAAGCUUACUCUGUUUGUUGUUGGACAUGUAUUUGGCUAUUUCAGGCCUAGUCAACUUAACUGGCUUCUAUUAUUUCUCAUAAAUUUAGCACAACUAUAUCCUAGCACUUGUUUGGGAUAAAUUCUGGAA